AUGAAUGACUUUAUUUAAAUAAUAGAAAAGGAAGUAAAAUCGGUUACAGAUUUAAUAGAAAUGGAGUCAUUCAUAAGAAAAUUUAUUUAUAACUAUUAUCAAACAAACUAAUUAGCUGAUCAAUUAGCAAGAGAUUGUUAAUAUGAAAAAAUCAAAUAGGAUGACUAAAUAAUCUUAUAAGAAGGAAUAUACUUUGUUGUUGAUGGUUAAUAUUAAUUGGCUAAAAGAUUUAUCAAAUUGCCGAACUUCUUAGUAAUUCCUUUGCAUGAAAAAGCUAUUGUUUUUGCUCUUUCUGAUGUUCAUCUUUUAUCAAUAAGAACAAAUUUUAGUUCCUAUUUAAGUCAACUAAAGGAAUUGAGAACCGACAUCAUUAUAGAAUUCUUAAGGAAAACUCUCUUUCCAAAUUUUCCCAGAAAUAGUGUUGCCAGAAUUUCGAAAUAUUUUUGUUUGACAUCCCUUCCAUUUAAUCACGUUAUUUAUAAGGAAAAUGAAGAAAGCAGAUUUGUGUAUUUGAUUAGGGAAGGAGAAAUUAAAGUACAUAUUCCAUUAAGCCCAAUAGUUACAAAGAGAAAAGAAAUAGUUAAAAUUAUUGGUUGAAAAUUAAAUCUUCGGAGAAUAUGAAGUGUUUUUUAAUAGAGCGAGAUUUACAAAAGCUGUAACAAAUUCCUCUGUUUCUCUCUUAACUAUUAAAUCAGAAAUAGUAAAUAUUCAUAUAAUAUAAAGAGUUUUUAACUUUACUGAAAGAAUAUCCUAUUUUAAAAUAACGUUUACUAUGCUAAAGUGUUUUGAGGUAUGAAUUUAUGUAUCAACCAAAAUCAAUUGAAAACCAUUAGGACAAUAGACAAAAUAAUAGUUUGCUAAGGAGACAGAAAAAAACAUUAAGAAGUUUGUCCCCACAAUAAGAUUGUAUUUAGAUGUUUGAAAUGUCCUAAUAAAUUUAAAAAGAACGAGUAAGAACUGGAUACAAAAUCAUGCCUUUAUUCUUUAAUUAUAGAGUGUCUUUAGUAGAAAAGUGUGCUACCACGGUUUAAUCUCCUCAAUCUUCAACAGUAUCAAUUUUAUUUAUUCCCAUAGAGGAGAAAAUUAGAAACUACAAAUAGUGAAGUAUAAUUUCGAUCUCAAAGUCCAGUCACUAACUAAAAAGUCUCCAAAAUAAUCUCAAGCAAACAUAAUAUGUUCAGACAACAACCAAGUAGAGAAUUCUUAUUACAAAAUUUUGUGAAUUAAUCUAAACCAUAAUUUUGA